GGGACAGAAUAGAAAAGCGAUAACAGUUAAACUGCGUUUUCAGUCUUUUCUCCAUCUGUUUUUGUCAUAACAGAAUCAUUUGUGUAAAAGAAGUACGUAUUAACCUCAUUUAAACUAAAAAAGUUCGAUCAAAGUGCAGCGAAAGUUUUCGCACCUUUGCUGGGUGCGAAAGAUUUCAAAUAUAGAGUUAAUAGUGCGAUGAAAACGGACUUGAUCAACCUUGCAUAGACACGUUAAAAAACACUAAACAAAUAAAUAAAAUAAAUACAUCAGUGUGUUAAUAAAAACUGAAACUGGCUAUCUUAUUUAAUUAAAACUUCUUUAGAUUUAUAAAUAUAUAUAUAUAUAUGUCAAUUAAAUAAGUUUAUUCAAUAAAUGUCUGCUUAUAUAUGUACAUUUAGGUGGUUCUUGCAUAAUGCGCAAUAAAAUGCUUUAAUAGAUCACAUCUUAUGUACAUAUAAUUCUCUCUUCAUUGCUUUAUAAACAUUCAAUUUUCAAAUUCUAAAACCAAUCAUGUCAACAUUAGAAGAUAAAGUGGAAGAGCUUUUUCUGGGUACAAAGUUGCAGAAUUAUUGUAGUUCUAGUGAAGAUGAAAAUGAUUCUGACACAGGAGAGUCUGAUAAAGAAUACGAAGAUACAAAUUGUAAUCAAAAUACUGCACAGUACAUUCCAUCUUCAUAUUCCCAGUGGGAUGGGACCUCAAGUAACACAGGGCCUAAGGGUGUUAUGCAGGAUUGGCGACAGUAUAAACAUUUGGAAAAGGAAAAGCAAAAGUCACAAGAGAGGGAAAAGUUGCAGAUGAUAAAGAAACUGAGUUUAACAUGUCGCAGUGCUUUAGAUGAAGAAAAAGAGAAACUAAGUGAAACAGAUCCAGAUUUGGCAAAUUUACUUGCCGAUGAGUUUCUAUUGGAAUAUCAAAGACAAAGAAUGAAGGAGAUGCUUGCAACAGCAGAAAAACUCCGCUUUGGGAAAGUCAUUGAUUUGGAGAAUACAAAUCAGUUUCUGGAGGCAAUUGAUGAAGAAGAUGAAUCUGUGACUAUUAUUGUCCACAUUUAUGAGCACAAAAUAUCUGGUUGUGAGGCUAUGAAUGGAUGCUUGAUUUCUCUUGCAGAAGAAUAUCCUUACAAGAAGUUUUGCAAAAUUUUAGGGUCAACUGCAGGUCUUAGUAAACAAUUUAAAACGUUUGCUGUUCCAGCAUUGUUGGUUUACAAAAAAGGUCAGCUUAUAGGAACUUUUUUGAAUAUGACAAAUACUCUAGGAACAGACUUUUAUUCAUCAGAUGUAGAGGCAUUUCUCAUUGAGCAUGGAAUACUCACUGAUAAAACUUGCGUACCUCUUAUUCUGAAGAAUGAGAGCACAGACUCUGAAUAGCAAGUAAAACAAACAAGUGAU